UCUGUCCCUCCUGACGCACCUUAUGCGGUACGCAAUACCACGCUCUCUUUUUCGCCGUUCCCGCAAAUCAGUGCCGCCACCUUGUCGCAUCCAUGCACAGUGUUUGUGUGUAGACAUGUGGAGAAAACACAUGCGUCCAUCUCGCUCAUUCGUCGCACGACGUAUGUCGAUGAUCAGUGCAUCGCACGCGGACGGAACGUAAAAUUACGUCUGGAGAAUUUUUGCCUCCUCUCUGAAUAAAUACAAAAAAGUCCUGCAGUUUUCGCGUUUUCUUUCAUUUCUCACACGAUAAAAAGUACGGAAACCCUUCAAUAAACGCAUUGAAAAUCUGUGAUCAUUUGCUACGAAGUAAUUAUUAAUUGUAAGCCUUGCCCGCAACACCAGUGAUAUUUUCUAUAAUUCACGCCACACACAGAAAGUCCAAGAGACUGAGAAAGAAUAGGAAAAGGUGCGAAUUCGCGUUCCCCCCGUCGAGAAAAUCCUCAUAACAAAAAUUUUUUCGGUGGUGUUUGAGUGGCUUUAACCUUACAUUUGGUCCGUGGAUGAGUGCUUGUUUUUACGUUUUCUUCUUCUCGAGAAAUCAGCCAAAUUGGAAUAAUAGGGGAAGAAAUGGUCAUGGAUGCACAACCUUCGCCACAAUCUGUCGGCCGAGAAUUUGUUCGACAAUACUACACUCUGCUGAAUCGCGCUCCAAACCAUUUAUUUCGGUUCUACAACAACCAUUCCAUCUUCUUCCACGAUGGCCUGGACGCGCAUAGUCGCGAUGUGCAACCGGCGGUGGUUAUUGGCCAGAAGGAGAUCCACCACCGAAUUCAGCAACUGAACUUCCGCGACGUGCACGCGAAGAUCAGCCAAGUGGACGCGCAGGCUACCCUCGGCAAUGGGGUGGUGGUGCAGGUGACGGGUGAACUGUCCAACGACGGCCAGCCAAUGCGCCGCUUCACCCAGACCUUCGUCCUGGCACCUCAGUCGCCGAAGAACUACUACGUCCAUAAUGACAUCUUCCGCUACCAGGAUGUCUACUCGGACGAUGAGAAUGACGGCGAGAGCCGGUCUGAGAACGAUGAGGAACAGGAAACGUCGCUUGAGAGCAAGAUGGUCGACGGGGCCCAACAACAACAGACCAUGGGCCAGCCACAACUCUACUAUCCCAUGCCGCCAACAGCCACCAGCGGAGCAGUCCACACGCAUCCACCAGGUGUAGGUCAAACGAUCCCAAUGGCCCAAUUCGGCGCACAACAACCACCAGCGCAAGUCAACGGCGUUGUCCACGACGAACUGCUGCAAGCCAGUCUGCAGCAGCCUAGCCAAGCGGCUCCCUUGGUUCCCCCGACGACGGUAGAGCCCAGCGCUGUGCAGGUUCCUGUGGUUGCGCCCGCUGCAACAAGCGUGCCCGCUUCAGUCCCGGCCAUCCCUCUCACGUCGUUGCCAACUGCAGUUACAGCCCCAUUAAACGCUACGCCAUCCCCACUGGAGCCGAUCGUGUCCAAGGAGAGCUUGUUGACUCAGUCACCAAACCUGCAGCAACAACCGCACCAGAACACAUCAUCCCCCGAAAUGCUGAACGAUGCGCUAAAACAGGAGAAUGACAUGGGCAAGAAGGAUGACUUCAAAUCGGCACUGGACCAUUCAGACAAGAACGACAUAAACAAAAUGACGCAGAACGAACCCAAAACGUACGCAAAUCUGUUCAAGUCGAUGAGCGGAAACAGUGGAUUCCACUCGGUGCCGCCAAUGAACCAGCCCUACUCAGCGCAACCAACAGUGAACAAGCCCCAAGAGCAACGUCCUGAUAGCAUACAACAGAACGCUGGCCUCCCACAACGGAACAACUCACAGCGUCAAGCGAAAGAGUUCUCGGAACGUAGGACAAGCAACACAAAUACACAAUUCGGCGACAGUCACCAAUUAUUCUUGGGAAAUGUGCCACAUCAUGCGACCGAGGAAGAGUUGAAAGCGUUGUUCAGCAAGUUCGGAGCCGUCGUGGAUCUGCGUAUUCAUUCGAAACCCGCCUCGAAAUUGUCGGGGGUACGAAUGCCUCCAAACUAUGGUUUCAUCACGUAUGAGGAUCCCGAAUCGGUGCAGAAUUGCUUGGCGAAUUGUCCACUCUACUUCCCCGACAACUCUCCUGAUGGUCAAAAAUUGAAUGUUGAAGAGAAGAAAACACGUUUACGCGGAUCCAACGAUAUGCCCCGUCUAUCAAAUAAUAUGUCAAGUGGCGGCAGCGGAAUGGGCAAUUCGCAAAGGCCAUCUGGUCCGAAUCGAUCGCUCUCCAACUCAGGGGGCAUGAUGCGCGGUAGUUCAGGUGGAAGUGGCGGUGGACCGGUGCGUGGUACAGCUGGCGGACCUCGUCCAUCUGGAGGAUUUCCUCGCAACGACCGAGGCGGACCAGGAGGACCACCAAAUCGUGGCAACAACGGUAAUGGGACAGCCGCCGCAGGUGGUGGUAACACCUACGGUCGUCGCUAAGAUUUUCUUUUAAGGGAAUGUAAUCUUUAUAAGAUAAAACAAAAAUAAAAAAUUCAAAACAACAGCAAAAGUAAAAGUGAACAAUCUAGAAAAAGAAAGAAAACACAGGAUUUAUGAAGAGAAGAACAAGGCAAAAAUUUUCAAAGGUUAAAACGCAUUACAAUUAUUUACGAUACAUACCGAGCAACAAGCAAACAUAAAACAAUUGUUUUGUUUUUUCUUUUGCAAUUAACAAGCAGCAAACAGUUUAUCACUUCCAACAAGAAAGUUAGAGAAAAGUGAGACAUACAAAAAUCAUUUAAAUAAAAAACGAACAAAAAAAUAAGCAAAAUUUUAAAGAAAAAAAUCGUCAAAAAAAUCGAAAAUUAAAAAGAAAAUAUAACGAUGAAGACUUGUAACCUUAUUGUUCGUACAUUUAUAAAUAUAAAAAUGAAAAAAAGAGUUUGAAGGAAGCAACUUAAUGUAAAAGUAAAAGAGAAACAACAAAAGCAGAAACCUAUUAACAAUUAAAAUAGUUCUUGUCAAUAAAUUAAAAUAAUUGUAAUGAUCAAUAAAAUAAUUGUAAUAAUAUAAAUAUUUAAAUGAAAUCAAAGUUACAAGAAACACACAAGGAGCAAACACUAAACUAUGAAAACCCAUUUUUUAAGAUAACAAAGAACCCUGUGUGCGUUUUAAAAAAGUUUUAAUGUUUUUUCUUUUUCCUUUUCUGUUCCGUAAACAAUAAUUGUAAAAUGAGAAUAAAUUAAAACAAUGUAAACAUAAUACUCAGACGGAAACUUACACAUACACACAACAAAUUUGAGCAUUGUGUUUACAGUAAAUGAAACGUAGCUAUGAUUUGAUAGGCAAAAUAUAAUCAUAAAAAUAUAAACAAAUUAAAAUAUUGUAAUAAGUAAAUAAGCAAUUAAUGUUAAAAGAGAAAAAUAGAUUCGACGGUUUCUGUUCGAUCUUUGGAAACAUCAAUAGAGCAAAGGAAAGAGCAAAUAAAUUAUUUAAUAAAAGUUUAACAUUACUCAAAUAUAAAAACAAUCGAAUCGAAAUGCAGUUAUAAUUACGAAUAAUUAUAAAUAUAAAUAGAAUUGAAUGUGAACAGAUAACAAGAGAAACAUUAGAAAAUAAAUAUAAACGUAAUUUAUAUAAAUGGUAGUAGAUGUGUGACUAUGUCGCAAUGCGUCGUGUACUUUUUUCUAUUCAUUUUUCAUUUAGGGCUUUUUUAAUGACAAAAAAUAAAUUUUUUUGUAACUAAUAUUUAAACAAUCAAUUACUAAUAUUAGUCGUUGCCUUAGUGGAGGAUUAACGUUCGCUAUAUUUCAAUUUUGAGAAAGCAGAAAGGUGGAAAUACGGGGAAAAUUUAUUUUUAAUAGAUCGCGUUUCCUAAUUAUGACUGCAUGAUACGAUUUUUUUCGCAGAUCACACACACACACCAAUGAAUUGAGAUGGAAAUACUAGAUGUUUGCAAUGAUUUUGUUUUAAAAGAACAUGUCAAACCCUGUGAGUCUGAAAGCGACUUAUUUUUAUGUGUACGUCUAUCUAAUUUAUUGUGAAUAUAGUUGCAUAUAAAAAUGAUUUCUCGCUCGAUUAGCUUGGCUACAUGCAACAAUGAUAAAAUAACAUCAAAGCAGAACAACAAACAAUUUUUAUCUCGAUUUUUCAAACUAAUGCAAUAAGGAAUAAAUUUAAUGAUAAAUUUUUAGAUAUCUCGUUAAAAAAAAUUGAUAUGAGCAGAAAAUGUGAAACAUUCAGCUUUUUCGGAAGUAUCUUCUGCACAGCCUUACGACUGCGCAGACAAUUCAUUCAAAAUUCGAUAUUCGUUUUUAUUUAUUUCUCAUUCGAGUGUCCUUCAAAUCCUUAUCACACUUUUUUGAGUGUAGUUCAAACGAUGCAAUUGGCAAGUCAUUCAUUGUUUUUUUAUGAAAGCAAAAGCAAAAACAAAAACUUAUUUUCACCAACAGCAAUAUUCUUCAAACAAAUAUUGUAUUACUCUAUGUAUUGUAUUAGUAUUUCUUUCAUAUAUGUAUUUUAUAUGAAAUAACAUAUGAAGAUGUGAACUUUCUUUAUCUAUAUUCAUAGAUGGAAUAAUAAUUGUAAUUACAGCAACAAUAAAUGCUAUCUCCUCUGAAAGCGGUAACUAGAACAGAAGAAAAAAAAGAUGAAAAAGAUAGAAAUAAGCAGAGAAACACAACGCAGAGACAGUAAAGUAACUUACGCUAUGAUUUUACUACUAUUCUAGCAUAAAAAACACUUUUAGACAUAUUAAAUGCAGAUUAACAUAUACUUUAUUUCAUUUUUCAUUAUUAUUUCUUAUUUUAAUUUUUGUUUUAUUUAUAAAAUAAAAAAAAAAUACAUAUAUUUAAAUAAAAUUAUUUAAAGCAAAACAAAGGUGAAAAAUACAAAAAAAGAAACUAAACUAAUUGUUUAAGUUAGUUAAUUUUUAAUUGUAAUUUAAAAUUUAAAUGAUAGAGGAGAGGAGUGAAAAUUUAAAGUAAAAAAUGAAAAUAAUUAAAAUGAGAUAACGGUAGAGCCGAGAAAAUAUAUAUUUCAUUGAAAUAAUCAAAGUGUACAAGCAAUUCAUUAAGGAUAUGAAGGUUUUAUUUUAUUUUCCUUUUCAUCUUGUCAAUCAUGCAAAAGCUUCCUUUUCAUUUUUAUUUUGUUUUGAUUUAUUUCCAUCUUUUUAGUUUCCUUUUAUUGAUUUUCUGUAAUUUUAGCUUUUUUUUUAAAGGAGUAAUAAGUAGAAACAAAAUAAAUUCUCUAAGGUAAUGUGUGCGAAAUUAGAAAAAAAAAAAUGAAAUUUACUUAGUUCCGAUAUAUUCAGUUGAAAUAUACAUUUUUUAUAUCAUUGAUGAAACAAAUCAAAAAAAUAAGAAUUAUUUUCAAAUCAA